GCCGUUUAACAGCGAGCGGGUUCGGAGAGCUCUAAUCGGUGUCACAAAAAUGUCUAAUAACUGCAUAAUAUCAUUCGAUCAGAAUGAACAUGGCACAUAUUUUACGGGCCAGGUUGUAACCGGCAAGGUGGUAGUCAAUUUGAAUAAAACCAAAAAACUGAGAGGUAUUAAGCUACAAAUUUUCGGAUUUGCAUGUGCCCAGUGGCGUCGCAAAUAUGGCCGUAAACUGCCCACAAACCAAGUGCGUCCUGGACGCAGGCGUUACUUCAUGGGCCGAGAGGACUACAUAGCGUCGACAACAUAUUUGAUAGGCUCAGAACAGUCGCAACCGCUACCCAUUGAUGCAGGCACCUAUACAUACACUUUUGCCUGUCCCAUACCCAGUCACUGCCCAUCCUCCUUUGAGGGCGCUUAUGGGCAUAUACGCUAUCUAGCGAAGGUCACAUUCAUACGUCCAGGUGCCUCAAAUCGUACCACUAAUGUGGGCUUCACUGUGCUCAAACUGCUCGAUCUAAAUCACGAAAACAAAAUGCUCCGCGAACCGGCCAAUAACGAGGCAAUGGAAUACUUUUGCUUCAUGCACACGAAGGCAGUGCAUAUGAAGGUUACACUACAGCAGCAAGGCUAUGUGCCCGGCCAGUUUAUGCUCAUCCAUGCGGAUGUGCGCAACGACUCCAGCAGCGAUUGCAGGAAGCUCAUGAUUAUGCUCUACCUGCGAGCCACUUACACUGCCGAUACGCCUCGUCUGUGCACCAUCUCCGAAAAGAUACUACUGGCCAAGCGUGAGAGUGGUCCCGUCCUCCAUAAUGCCCAAAAAUCGUAUACAGAAUCGCUACGCAUCCCGGCAACGGCGCCCACAUGUGAGCACCUUAGCAAGGUGGUGAGAGUCUCAUACGAGAUGCGCAUUGUGGCUGUGAUGAACUGGCUGAUGGCCAAUCCAAAAGUUGUCAUACCCAUCACUAUAGGCAAUGUGCCGCUAGCCACUGUAUCAACAGUUGCUACUUCGGGUAUUGCAACUGUGCCAAGAGACUUGCCCUGCACCUCGGCCCGAGCUAUGGCACUAGCUUCGGGCGUUAACAAUCCCGGAUAUGAAAUGAAUGAGGAUUUGCAGGACUAUGAACUGCCUGAGGAUGGGGAUGAUGAGUUCGACACCGAGGAUGACUUAGUGCCAGAACUGCCACCACCCACAUAUGAGCAGGCAAUUUUCAUGAGCGCCGACAUCGCGGAUACGGAUACCAAUACGGUCAGUGAAGCAUCACGGUUUACGCCACGCUAUCCCGUCUUUGAUGUGGAUACUUUCCAGAGCCCACCACCAAAUCCGCCGCCGAAGAAACGACGUCAUCGUCGUCGCCGAACCGAGCAGCGCCAGGAGAAGCAGCAAGAAAAAAAUGAAGAACUGGAUAGAGAGCCGGUGGAGUCGCCUGUGGAGAUUUGAGUGCUGAUGGGACAGGAAUGUUUUAUCUUGGCAGUUCAGCAGAAAAUUGUGUUAUACGCCACGAUUGUUUGUAUGUGUCUUUCGCGAGACAGUUAGUAAACAAACAUACUACAAACAAAUAAACGAAAGCGUAUGCAAGAAUAAGUUUAACUCUUGCAUCUGAAUGUGUAAUGUUGGUUUUUAAAAUAUAUUUAUCUUCACUUAUUGUUAUGUAAUCAAAACUAAGAUUCUUAAUAAAGUUAAAAGGUUAACUCUUCUAA